UACUAAUUUCAAUAAGAAGAAUAUUUUAUGCCUUAGUGGCAGUAUCUGUGACCAACCUUUGCCAUUGAGUCAAAAGAAAAAAAAGUAAUUACUUACGUCCUUUAAUCUGUGGCGGUAAACUUUAACUUUUUAAUUUAAAAAUAAAUUCUGUUGCUGGCGGGAUGAAUGCAUGUGCAUGUAAAUUUUUAAUUUAAUUUCCGUUUCAGAUCGAAAAUGAAUUGUUUAUUUGUAUUUGUACAGGUUAUUUACAGCACUUAACAGUCACCAAUUUAAUUGCAAUGGACUGGAUUCAUUGUAAUAAAUGUUAUUCCCAAUUGGAACCUGGAAUCACUCUCCAUUUAACAUCAUGUGGUCAUAUGUUUUGCAAUAAUUGCUUGGAAAAUGGAGUUAAAGAAAGUACGUGCGUGGUUUGCAGACUUCCUUGUUCCGUAAUGAAGCUGGUCCCAGAUAUGAAACCAGAAAUUCAGGAUUACUUUACCGAUCCCGAAGAAAUAAUAAAGAAGUCGUGUGAAGUACUACAAUUUCAAAGGCAACAUAGAAGACGGCUACUUUCGUAUUUGCUGCAAUCGACGAAAAAGUUUUACUCCGCUCGUAAUGAGUUGAAGCGCAUGACCGAAGUUUGUCAGAAACAGCACAAACAGCUGAAGGAAUAUCAGAAAAUUGUGAAACAUUUGGAGGCACAGCUGGCCGGACACACGAGUAAGCAAGUAUCUCCGUUCAACAUCCCGAUAUCCCCGAGCCAGACCAACCUGUCCCCGAGCUUCAUGCAGUGCACGCCGCCCUACAAGAGACCCGCUAAAUCAACGCCUUUUCAGCCGUAUCAGUCUAACCUGGUGACUCCGUCGCGGAUAAGCAAGCAGAGGGCGACCGGCUCACUCAGCGCGCACAGCCAGAGGUCCAACACUUCGGGUAGAAUAACCUCGACGGUGGGCACCCCGCCCACUCCGGACUCGGCUGGGUCGUUUGUAAGAAGCGAGUCGGGCUACUUUUCCAACAGUCCUCUUCUCACUUCAUCGUCCCCUGGCGUAGUUUACUGCAACGGAAUUCACAGCAGAGAAAGAAAAUGCUCCUUGAAAAGUACCAAGCAUGUGAAAAGUCUGCUACAGUUAUGAUUUAUUAUAUAAGUUUGUUUUUGUGUGUUCAUUUUGUUCGAUUCUUUUAAACUGCUUGUGCAUGUUUUCUUAAAGUUAUAAUGUAUCUAGUAUGUAAGUGAAUUGUUUCUUAGAUUUUUCAAUAAAUUGCUUUUUGUGUGUACUAA